AUGUCGACCGUUAGACGGAGCAAGGCAAUGCCAACCGAUAGCCCUACUGCCAAGUUUCUCUACACAAUUAUCAAGCAAUUGGACUUGAAAUCCAUUGACUGGAAUCUUGUUGCAUCGCAGCUUGAGAUAUCCAACGGCCACGCUGCUCGGAUGCGUUAUUCUCGCUUUAGGCAGCAAAUGGAAGGAAUCUCAUCUACACCGCGCGCCUCUCGCCCCAGGAAGACUCCCACGAAGACUGGCAAAGGAUUUGCCAGCAAAGCCGAUAUGCUGAAGGACAAGGGCUCCCCUAAGCCGCCAGUGAAGCAAGAAAAUGCGGGCCCUGCGUACGAAUCAAACCCUUACAUCAAGGUUGACCCAUACGGUCAUGAAGUCCAGAAUCUAGCAGACAUUCCUCAUGUUUCGACUCAAGUGAUGCAUCCGCAGCCCAUCCAGCCGCAGAUAGUUCCGUAUACUCCACUCACCGCGGCUCCGGGAACAUUGACCAUGUAUGCGCCUGUUCCUGCUUUCCCACCCUCAACGCCUGUGACCUUUCAUCAGCAGGCUGGUCCAAGCACAUGGGCUCCUAUCAAAACCGAGCCUGAGCAUGAACCCGAGCUGGAAGCCGGAGGCAAAGCGAAUGACGUUCUGGUGAAAGUUGAACUGCCCCAGAAGGAACAGUAG